CCCAACGAAUUCGGAUUUUACGUCUAGGUACUUCCACGUCCUUGACAGGAUAACCGAGAGCGAGGUUAAAGUGCACAAUCUAAAGCAAGUCUCGAUGCAGCCCGAUCGAAGGAUGUCCGAUCCCCCGCAUUUGAAGCCGCCACCGAAUCCCUUCGACGCCUUCGUCAAGGCCCAUACGGAUACCGCCGUCCCCACACUCUCAACCGACCCAGCAGCUCGCCGCAGGAUCGGAGAGUGGCUGCUGGACUACAUGAAAAAUAACGCUAUUCAAAGAACUGUGUACUUGGGUAUACUAAAGGAAUUGGGCAUUGUCGACCCCGCUGGUGAUCCUUGGGAGGACCGUGCUUUGGAAUAUUGGACAACUGACAGCAAUGAACAGCCUGCCAGAUUAGUUCAGGAUAAGCCCCCCUUGACACGUUUUACUAGUCAAUGCCCUAAUUUCGACGAAGAGUCCAAAUCCCCGCUCAAAUUCCCAAGUAGCGACCCGUCGCCAAGCCACUCGAUACCCUUCUUUCCCCCAGAUCUCAGCCCUAAUGACAUCUAUGAACCAGGCUCACCCUUAGCUGGAAUUAAUACCCCGGAUCAUGUUGAGGUGUCAUCGAAACCACUCGUACCACAGCUAAGAAUUCGAAUCAAGACCCCUGAGGCGGAAACCAACGGCGUUCCUGUGUUGAAAUAUGAUACUCCACCUGACCACAACGAGGGAGCAGGCUCUAUACCCUCUGCACCAUUCCACGGCCUUGAGAAUAACACCGCUCAAUUGCCUAUUCCGAGCCAUAAUUCCUCAAGUUCAUUGACAUCUCGCCGCCACGACAGCCAUCAGGAUCUCGGCGCUCUAGUCGUUGCGGAAGGGGUUGGACCCUGCACCGAAAGUACCAGCCCUCAGCAGUUGUUACGACCUGAAGACUCUGUCGCAAUCUCUGAACGUCCCAGAGCAACCUCGAAUCCUGAGUGCCGUCGACAUGUGAUGAGACCCAACGGUUCAGAAAUUGCAGAAUCAUGCUCCCAGAAACGCAUGCAAAAUGUCGACCGGACCAGGAAGGAAGGAGAGCCGGCCAUGGCCGAAAGCAUUCGAGCAACAAGUGUGUCAUCAUUCCGCAGCGCAUCUCCAUUCAGUACGUUAGGUCCGGGACCAUUCCACACCGCCAAUCACCCUCCGAUUUCACCAGGGAAGCAGCACUGCUCGACCUACCUGAGAGUCAAUUCAAAUAUACCUGGGUACCAUGGCCCAGCAUCUGAAUGGAGCUAUCCGCCGGAGAAACAGGAGAAGCACUGGACCGAACGAAUACGAUCACAUAUAAAGACGCGCAGCUCAUCUUCCCUCUUCUAUCGCAGCUCACAGUAUACGUGAGAGAAAUAAUACCUCUACACCAAGGAUUGGACUAUCAUACACCUGGAAGCCGCCAAUAUGUCAUCGGAUACUUUCUCUUCGGUCAGAAACAGUGCUCCUUCUGCCGGCGCCUCUUUUCACUCAGCAUUCGGGAGCACUCUAUCCAAAAACACCCCAAGGACAGUGGACUAUUUAGUAACGGCCUUAACAUCAAAGAAUAUGGGUAUCCAUUUCAUUGGACUUCAUCUUCCCUUGGAAUACACCGUUUCCGGAUUCCCUUGA